UGGAGACUGCAUGGUAUGAAACUCCCAGGAGGGCAGCUAUAUCUGAGAUACUGUAAUAAUUAAGUCUUUCAUCAACAAUUGCAUCACAGUCAAACUAACAUGCCUUAUCCAUUCGAAUGUUUGGGUGAACAACAACUAAACCUCUUCAUCAUGUCCACAUGCUAUAUGGAUUGAGCUGCAGCAACACAAUUGGCUGUUGGGAGGAGCAGAUUAUUUGUUUCAAUAGGCCAGUGAACCUGAUUAAGUGGUCAGUGCAUAUAUAAAAAUCGAUGAAGGAACACAUACUAACAACUGUGGCUGAAUGGCUUGAAAGUUGAGGGAUGGAUUUUGGAUUCUGCUCUGCCCAUUUCCAAUAGGUCUCAUCUUACCCCUGUCCUCUACUGCACAGAACCAACUGUAGUCCUGCACAGUGCUAAAAUAGCAUCCUCUGCUUGGGAUGCACGCCUCUGCCUAAAUGUAUGAGUUGGGUUUCUGGUGGGUGUCUGAAGUGCCUGAACAUCCUCUGGCAAGUGUCCAAUUCAGAGGAAAACUAUUCCAUUGUCAUUGGAUUUUGGGUUGGCCUGGCUGUCUUUGUGAUUUUUAUGUUUUUCGUCCUAACUCUGCUGACAAAGACAGGAGCACCACAUCAAGAAAACCCAGAGCCUUCUACGAAACGACAUUGUCUCCACAGCUUUGCUGUCAAUUUUAGCCACCAUCGUGAAUCUGAGAAGGAAUCAUCUCAACAUUUAGAGGAGGCUCGCUCCCUUUUCCACUGUUACAUUAAUGAAGUUGAUCAAAUAGACCGGACAAAGAGGGCUAUUAAGCCUCUGAACAUGGAUCAUACCAGUCUUCACAUCCAGGACAGCCUGGUAAUAUCGAAACUCAAUGAGGGAAUGGAUUGUCUUACAAAAUUCAACAUUCCAAACUUUGUGAAUUCAGAGCCAAGCUCAAUGCUGGGAGAUGACGACUUGCUUAUCUGUGAACAGCCAAUUAUUAUGGACAGUGAUGCUAAACUGAAAAGUCCACGUGAAAUCCUCAGCUGAAAAAACAUAAACCAGAGUUUAUAGCCAAUGAUUUUAAAAUGCUUAUGAAAAAUCUUAAAAAUGUGUUUAUACUUUGUUAAUGUUACCAUUUUGAUUUUUUGUAAAUGUCACUGUUUGAUUAAGUGGCUUUAAGAAGAUAUGGAUAUCAUCAGUGUACCAAAUUCACAGUGACAUGAACAAAGUAAGCAUGAACUGCUGGAGAUCCUUCACCUUAAAGUACUACUUUGCUCCACACAAUACUUCAGUUCACAAAGCUUUAAUACUUAUGGACAGAGAACAUGCCAGAUAUCUGUAUUAAAAGUGUACUAUAAAAUUUGAAAGCUUUUGAGAUGCAUUUUAUGAUUUCCGUUUUACACAGUGCGUCAAUGAAUAUUAAGGCUCAUUUUGUAGUGCUGUUCUAAUAAUCAAAAUCCCACUAGCAAAAGAAACAAAACAAAACUUUUAGCUUACAAUUAUAUACAAAUUAUUAACCCGAGGUACCUAUUAAACAAGGAUCAUCAGGAGCAGCACAAUACAUGAACAUUAUUGACACAUUCAGUACUAAAAAAUAAUUUUGCAAAAAUGUACAUAUUCAAAAUAAAGGAAAAAGAUAAUUGCUGCAGCACUGGAGGUCUUGGGGUCUUGGCAUUUAAAAGUUAAACACUGUUGGGAUUGUGGUUCUUUUUGCCUUUUCACUUUUGGACAGCAGAACAAUAUAAAACAUUACAAUCAUUUGCUUUUUCUGAUAUCUGUUAAUCAAACCAUCAUCUUAAGGGAUAAAAGAACCAAAGGUCUCAAUUUAAACAGAAAUGGUGUUAACUAUUCUUGGAGACGAAAAUAAAGAGCUAUGUGCAAAUGAGGCUGUUCACAGUUUGAAAACCAUCAAGGAUGACCAACAUUUAAUAAAUCUUAUAUUUUAUUUCCAAACCUUAAAUAAUAAAA